GGCAAUCUCAGGACCUAGCCACCCCUGAGGACUUCUUUCAGAACUUGCACCUUUCAAGGUUGAGAAAACAUGCUGAGUCUGUGCUGUGUGAGCUGUGGACAUGUGGCUGUGAACCAGGGCAGCCCUAUAUGUGCCCUAGAGGGGAAAGGUUCCACUGACCCAGAUACCAGUGAUGCCAAGUUUCCUUCUGAGGAGCUGCCAAGCUGUGAGAAGAGAGCCUGUCAUGCUCUGCUCAGGCUCAAUAUGACCUGGUAUGGGGAAACUCUGGACUUGCACAUCCUGACCAAGGUGGAGACAGUACUGGACACCUGUGAUCUGUGUCUCGUGCAUUUGUGGAAUUUAUGUUCAAUCUGUAUCUUAUGAAUCUCAUUCAUUAUUUGUGGCAAAUGCCCUCUUUAAACACCCACUUUUGAUAUACAUUAUGCACAAGAUAUAAUAUAUGAGGGGCCUCCCGAGUGACGCUCUCCAGUGGUUAAGGCUUCACUACAGAUUCAGGUUUGAUCCCGGGCUGUGUCACAGCCGUCCACGACACUAUUAUAAGAUGUAAUGUUUUUGUUUUAAUAAAAGUUUUUAUUUUGAGAUUUAGUUUAGUACAUUUUUGUAGGGGAAAACAUUAUAUUUCAUCAAACGGGGAUACUUCAUCAAAACAGCGCAAAAAAAUGUGUUUUAUUCUACUGCAUCACACAGUUCAGGUUUAAAAUCAGUCAGCUUUAAUGGCUCAUUAGACUUAUAUCUGAUCAAAUGUGUGUCACUGAUUCCCCCUCAGGAGACUGAAAAGAUUUGG